AUGCCGAACCCGGUUCCCACGCGCCAAACACUUUGCCAUCUGCGCCGUAUCUGUGCUGCCGAAACCAUCGCCACGACCUCCAAGAGAACAAGACACACAGAAUUUCUCGGCCAAGCAGCGCCGUCAGAUUUUUGGGGAACAUAUCGACAGCAAAGACUCUCACACCGAGCAUUCAGCACGACGCCAACACGGACACGUGCUCAAGAAUCCCAAUCCACUUCCAGCAAUACACCGCCCGCGCCGUCUCUCCCAGACAUAACGACAUACUACACCUUAUUCCCCUCGACGCUUCCAUCUGGUCCACCGCCUAACGGCCCUUUCACGAUCCCGCAUAGCGCCCUGAGGCGAGAAUUCCUCCAGCUGCAAGCGCAGCAUCACCCCGACAAAUAUACGGGGUCCGCUGUCGCGCACGAGAAAUCCCACGCUCUGUCUUCGCUAUUGAAUACGGCGUACAAGACGCUCUCGGAUCCUCUGCUACGCGCGCGGUAUUUGCUGCAGCACAACUAUGGGAUUGAUAUCAUGUCUGAGGAUAAUAAUACGCACCGCGGGGUAACGGAUCAGGCAACACUAAUGGAGGUUAUGGACGCGCAGGAGGCUAUUGAGGAGGCCGAGACGCAGGGGCAAAUUGAUGCACUCAAAGCCGAAAAUAGAGCGAGGAUAAGCGAGACAGAGAAGCGUUUAGGCGAGGCGUUCGAACAGGAGGAUGUUGAGGCUGCAAAGGUCGAGUGUGUUCGGUUGAACUACUGGCGGAGUCUACAGCAGGGGUUAGAUGAUUGGGAGCCAGGCAAAGAAGUCAAGCUGAUUCAUUGA